UCCUCCUCUUUAAACAGACCAAACACACAAGUUGUGUAAAUCACUGUGACCUGAGAAGAGAGACGGUCAGACCACCAGACACACCAGAGGUACAAUGGAGAAAUCAGCAGAGGGACCAACCAAGAAGAAAGUUGUGGCAGUGGUGGGAGGUGGUUUGGUUGGAGCACUGAACGCCUGCUAUUUUGCCAAAAGAGGCUUUGAAGUCGAAGUCUUUGAAACCAGGGAAGAUAUCCGCCAAGCCAAAAUUGUGAAGGGGAGAAGCAUCAACCUGGCAUUGUCUCACAGAGGCCGAGAAGCACUGAAACAUGUCGGGAUGGAGGAGAAGAUUACCUCACAAGGAAUUCCCAUGCAUGCAAGAAUGAUCCACUCACCAAGUGGGAAACAGUCUACGAUCCCUUAUGGCAAGAAAGGCCAGUACAUCCUGUCAGUUGACCGAGCCAACUUGAACAAACAGCUGCUAACAGAGGCCGAGACGUAUCCAAACACAAAGCUGAACUUCGGUCACAAACUGCAGGACUGGAGCGCUGAAACAGGGCUAAUGACCUUUGUCAGAUCAGAUGGAUCCCAGGACCAGAUCCAGGCAGACCUGAUUGUGGGCUGCGAUGGAGCUUUCUCUGCCAUCCGCAAGCAGUUCACGCGUCGCAGCCGCUUCAACUACAGCCAGACGUACAUCCCCCAUGGCUACAUGGAGCUCACCAUGCCUCCCAUCAAUGGAGAGUUUGCCAUGAAGCCCAAUUAUCUGCACAUCUGGCCAAGGAACACAUUCAUGAUGAUAGCCCUUCCCAACUUGGACAAGACAUUCACCUGUACCCUCUUCAUGCCCUUCGAUGACUUCGAGAAGAUCACCACAGGAGAUGAAGUCGUUGAGUUUUUCCAGAAGUACUUCUUGGACACCAUACCACUAAUAGGACUUGAUGCUCUCAAGAGGGAUUAUUUCCGUUUGCCUGCGCUGCCCAUGGUGUCUAUAAAGUGUUCGCCGUAUCACAUUGGAGACAAAUGUGUCCUUAUGGGCGAUGCAGCCCACGCAGUGGUGCCUUUCUACGGGCAGGGGAUGAAUGCUGGCUUUGAGGACUGCAUUGUGUUUGACGAAGUAAUGGAUCAGUUCAAUGAGGAUUUCAGUGCUGUACUGCCUGAGUAUACUAGAGUGCGAGUUCCAGACGACCACGCAAUUGCAGAUCUGGCCAUGUACAACUACAUUGAGAUGCGAGCGCAUGUGAACUCCACAUGGUUCCUUUUCAGAAAGCAUGUUGAUAAUUUCCUCCACUUCCUCAUGCCAAAGACAAUCAUUCCACUUUACACGAUGGUCACCUUCACUCGGACAAGAUACCACAAAGCCGUGGAGCGCUGGCAUUGGCAGGACAAAGUGAUAAACCGUGGCUUGCUGUUCAGUGCUACCGGGGCUGUUCUGGGAGGCUCCUACCUGCUGAUUAAAAAUCCUCCGGAAAUCAACAAGCUCAUCCUCCCCGCUGAGAAACUGUGGAGCAGGGUUGUGGCCCUCAGGACCUGACAUACUCUGAUCUGACAGACAAGUGUUAAGACUGGACUGAUUAACAUGAGGAGAAACCAAGGGGGUCUCACAUUUUAAUUAGAGUGUGAUUGAGUCUUCUUUUUCAAAAUAAAGGCUCUGCUGGACAAAUUAA